CAUAAUAAAGUCUCUCAACGCUUAAACGGCGUUUGCACAGAAAGCCUUUGACGCACUCUGCGGUCACCGUGAAGAAAGGCGAUUUAAAGCAAAGGUCCGGUAAAAAAAAAAAUAAAAAAGUUGAACUUAUUCAACUUGUCUCCGGUUGUUUGACUCGAAACUCUUCUCGUCACCCUCCCCGUCGACGUUACGUACGCAGCCGUGGCGUGCCUGCAAGCCAAAUAACAUGGAGUCCUCAGCCUGGCAUCUUCCAGGGAUCCAUGCAAAAACCCGAGCAGCGAUUUAACGGAGCAACUUUUGUCGGUGGGAGCACACCGAGCCUCCGGGGAGCAUCGUCUCCGGGCGUGAAAGCUUCACCUCCGUCCGCAAACUAUGACGAACGACGCCUGAACAGCCUCCUUUUUUUCACUGCGACCCGCAAACCAGGCCGAAUCAGAGAAGAGGAGGCUGCACAAUGUAGGAGGGCUGCUCACCAGUGGGACUCCAUACUGCUCUCUGGGGGGGACCAUGGAGCCAGAAGGGCGACCGCUAACCCCAGGGACCAGCUAUGGGCCCCCACCCCUCAACUCAGCACAAAACCCCGUCACCUCCACCUUCCUCAACUGCACCUUAAAGUCCUCAUGUUCUCCAAAUGUGAGAGACGGCUCGAUGCCUGCCAAAUGCUCGUGGGGCCAUGCUGGAGAUGAGGGCCCCGAGCAGAGUGACGGCCCUCAGCCCAGUGCAGAGCCAGGGAGGAGCGCACAGAGGAGAUUCAGGUCCUCAGCCUUUCCUUCCUCCCUCAGCUGGGACUCUGACUCUGAGAAAGAAACUCUAGAUGAGGAGGAGCUACAGCACUUUUCUAACCCUCAUGGUCUGGCUGCUCACAGCCCAGGAUCUCCUUCUUCUGGACUCAGACUUGAUAGUGAAGAUGACCAAGAACCUGAAAAACUGCAACACUUGCAUAAUAAAACCGACUCGUCUGCCCCUGUGGAGGGGCACGGCGACAACAACACUGAGAGCACAAAGACAGAAGAGCCAAAUACAUCUCAGCUCGGCCAAACAGAAUUGGCAGACAGCGAAGUGUGGAAUGUAUCCGAGGGAGCCAAACUGUUUCUGUCCAAAGUAAAACCAAAGGAAGGUUGCCAAAUGGAGGAGGAGGAGGUGGACAAUAGCGAGGGAGAGAAAAGGCCCAAGGAAAAAGAAACCAAGCAGCCCGAGAGAGAUGUGUACACCUUCCCUGGAGACUCGGACCCGGAGAGUCCCCCUCCUGCCCCCUGGGCUCAUUGCACAUUCAUUCAGCGGUGCAGAAAGAAGAGGGUGCUGCUCCGGCCCUUCUCUGGACUUGGCACCUUGAAGAGACCGUCGCCUGAGACUGGCAAGCACGCAAGACUGAGUCCUCAAAAAUCAAAAAGCACUGAGACGGCACAGAAUCGAGGCGGAGGGGUGUAUGAUUUCGAGGAGGUCAGCUUUGGAGAGGCAGCAGAGCAGGAGCCGAUAAAGUUUAGAGGGAAAAGAGACAAACAAGAAGAAGAGGAGCCGGGCAAACAAAUCUUCACCUGUGUUGAAUGUAGCAUUUAUUUCAAAAAGCAGGUCCACCUGCAGGAGCACAUAGUUGAGCACUGUCAGAGCGGCGCGGCGGGCGGCAGGCGUUUAGGAAAAGGCGGCCGAUUUCGGUGCAUCGAGUGUGGAUGGAAUCUGCCAACCAGGCUCACGCUCGCAGACCACCACAGACGGCAUCAGGAGUCCCGUCUGAAGAUUCUGGAGGAGAUCGAGAAACUGAAUGAAAACGGGAAGACGAGAGAGACGGAGAAGCUUGACAGUAAGAUGGUGAAGCAUAUGAGCUCAGACCCGGCGAUUACGCAAGAUGCCUUGAUUCCAGGCAAAAUGUCAGACCCAGAAAUAGUCACGUCUCCACCUCUUUCCCCAGUUUCAACACCAGACACUGCAGCUCUCGACUCAGACUCUACAAAUUCAGUCCGAGCUCAGGCCCGCGCUGUUUCCGCCUGCCGCCGCCGCUUUGUCUGCACCAAGUGUAACUUCAGCACAAGAACCUCACAGGCACUGGCGAAUCACACCAAGACCCACAACAGAAAAAAACCCGCUCUCCAGGCUGACUCGCCAUCCCCCGCUUCUCCAUCAUGUGUGGCGUCCACAUCCCUGGCGUGCGGUCACUGUGCCUUCCUGACCUCAAGUCAAACUGUAAUGAGGGAACACCAGACACUUCACAUCAGCGGGGCGCAGACUGAGGAGACGGGACAGAAAGUGGGCGCUCGAAUUUCAACUGACCGUCCCUCUGGAUCUGGAUCGUCGCCUGAUGCAGCUCAAGGCAAAAGCCAGCAGGAGGACAGCGCAGAACCAGACAGCGCUGCAGCGCGGCCCUCAGGCCAGGUGGUGUUCGAGUGCGCCGGGAACAGGAGAUUCAGCCGGAGAGGGAAGACUUGGACGGAUCUGGCCAAGUUCCUGGAUGAUGACAAGCUGCCCGGGAGUGAGGAGGAAGAGCAGGAUGAAGAUCAGAGCACAGAGGUUAAAACUGAGCGCUCGGAGCAAGAGGCCGGCUCACCUGCUGGAGUAAAACCGCACACCAGAGCGCGAGCCAACACAGACGACGGCUCGGCACAGCAGGGCGCUACGUUACCGCUCCCUCCUGAGAAGUGUGUGAAGGACGAAGACAAGCUGGAAGUGGAGAAAGACGGAAAGGUUUUCUUUUUGAGGCGGAGUAACCGGGUUACCGCUGCUGCGGCAGAAAUUGACAGUGAUGAUGAUGACGACGACAUUGACGAGGAGCGCGUGCGGUGUUUCCUGUCGGGGGGCAUUUUGGAUGAAGACCCAGACGAGAUUGAUGAGGACUCUGAGGCGCUGAAGAGUGUGGAGAGGAAGUGCCCCUACUGCCCCGAUCGAUUCCACAAUGGCAUCGGGCUUGCCAAUCACGUGAGAGGCCACCUGAACCGAGUGGGCGUCAGCUACAAUGUGCGUCACUUCAUAUCCCCCGAGGAGGUCAACGCGAUCGAGAAGAAGUUCUCCUAUCAGAAGAAGAAGAAAAAAGUUGCCAACUUUGACCCCGACACCUUCAGCGUGAUGCACUGCGAGUUCUGCAGCGCCGGCUUCGACACCCGGGCCGGCCUGUCCAGCCACGCCCGGGCCCACCUCCGCGACUUCGGCAUCACAAACUGGGACGUUACCAUCUCUCCCAUCCACAUCCUGAGGGAGCUGUUCUCCAGCAGGCCCGAUCUUGUGAUCCCCACGGCUCCUCCUCGGAGUCCCUGCUCCUCACAGGAGGAGGAGGAGGAGGAGGAGGGGGUACAAGAGCUCGUGGGGGAAAAUAAAGUGUUCGAGAAAGAUACGGGAGGUGUCGUAACGCCCCACUUUGUGAUGCCGAAGGCGCGGAGGCCUUCAGGACCUUCCCAAUGCUGCAAGACGGAGGACGGCGGAGGAGAGAGCGCAGGUGAGGAGGAGGAAGCAGCUGAGGAUGAAGCGAAGCGUCCAGCUCUGGAUGGCGUGAGCUCGAGCCCUGGGAAAACAGGGCAGUGCGGCGUGGACUCAGACGGCCUCUCUCCCGGGGACGGGGAUGCAGACUCAAAGGUCCACGACCUGAAGUGUGAGGUGUGUGGAGCGCAGUUUGAGACCCGGCGCGGACUAUCCAGCCACGCCCGCUCUCACUUACGCCAGCUGGGCAUCAGCGUCUCAGAGAGCAGCGGGGCGCCCAUCGACCUCCUCUACCAAAUCUCCAAGGAGCGAAACCUAGACGGCCAAAUCAGCUCAUCUCCUCUGGAGCCUCCUUCAGCCAAGACCUCCUCGCCGUCUGUUCCUCAGAAAGAUGAGGAGGUAGAAGACAUGGACUUGGACGAGAAGCCCAUCCCUCUUUCCCUCCUGGCCAAAGCAGCGAAAGCGGUGCCACCCUCCUCCUCCUCCACGCCGACACCUUCACCCGGCGCCUCUCCGGCUCCUCCUCAUUCUGGCUCCCCCUCCUCGGUGGUGAGGAAAGCCCCCAUUUCCUCUCUGCUGCCCGUGUCUUCCCCCUUGCGCUCGCCGGAGCACAAGGUCGGGGGAAUGAAAAGCUUGACCUCUAACCUCUCUGUCGCGGCCAACGUCACAACCAAACCUCUCUGGGCGCCACAGGAGAAUGACGCUCCGCUCAACCUCACCCUGGAGGUGGACCCCAACAAGGACAUCGUGUGUCAGCUGUGCGGCGCCUGGUUCGAGACUCGGAAAGGUUUAUCCAGCCACGCACGCGCUCACCUGCGGCACUUUGGCGUGGAGUAUUCUGAAUCCAAGGGCUCUCCCAUCGACCUCCUGAACCAGCUCAUCGACACCGACGACUUCAAGCACAAAGCCAGCGCGAUGCAGCUCGACAGCCACGCCGAGCCUCGGGGCCUCACGACCACGCUCUCCCCUCCGAAGCAGCCCCUGCUGAGCCUCUCCUCCUCGUCCUCCUCGCUCCUCUACAAGGUGACCACAGCUGGGGGCGGGUCGACAUCCAAAGCUACCUCUUCCUCUGCCUCGUCUUUACUCGGCCCGCCCCCCAAGCGUCUCAAGUCCUCCUCCAUGAGGGUCUUCCGCCUGAGCAGCGGGGAGCUCAUGGCGCUUCCACACAGUGAACCUCCAAAGGAAAUCGGCUGUGAGUUCUGCGGGGAAUAUUUCGAGAACCGUAAAGGCCUCUCCAGCCACGCCCGCUCCCACCUGCGCCAGAUGGGCAUCACCGAGUGGUCCGUCAACGGCUCCCCGAUCGACACGCUGCGCGAGAUCAUCACCAGACGCGGCCUGCCUUGCGCCCUUCCUCUGAAACCUCUCAAAACUCCACCUCCGUCCUCUCCGGGACCCCCGCGCUCGCCUCAGCCCGCCUCCUCCUCUCCGUCAACGACUCUCCUCAGCCGUCUGCCCUUCGCCUUCGCCCGCCCCUCCAGUCCUGCUCAUUCCGCCAAAUCCAGCUCGGGUCCGCCGACGUCUUCUAGCGGGCUGAUCCUGAAACUGAAGCCGGAGCCGGUGCAGCUGGAGGUCACCUCGCCCGCAGCUGUGGGGAGAUCUGCUGGUUUCUCUGCUGAAGCGCUCAGCUGCAGCUGGAGCGGCUCUGACAGCGUGCUGCCGCUCAACCUCGCCAUGACGCACGAAGUGGAGCCGACCAGAGAUAUCCGCUGUGAGUUCUGCGGGGAAUAUUUCGAGAACCGUAAAGGCCUCUCCAGCCACGCCCGCUCCCACCUGCGCCAGAUGGGCAUCACCGAGUGGUCCGUCAACGGCUCGCCCAUCGACACGCUGCGGGAGGUGAUGCACAAGAGAGGAGUGGGCGGCUCCUCUCAGUCAGACCAGGGGGUGAAGAAGGAGGCCAGCCAGGGAGCCAACAGUCCUCGGUGGGAGACCGCGGCGAGCAUCGGCAGCUCAGAGGGUUUGGGCGUUUCGGGCUACCAAUCUUCCAAAUUCCGUAAAUCUCCGCUCAGUUUGCUGCAGUCGGCGUCGAGGCUCCACAAGCAGGGCCUGGGGUCCACAUCUGCCGCCCCGCCUGCGGGGAAGUUUUUCAGGCUGUCUCCUCUGGGGAAAAGGCCUCUGUCUGAGGAGGCCCAGUCUGCGGAGAGCGCACACUCACCGCCACAUCAGCUCAAGACUUUCUCACCUCAGCCGCAGGAUUUCUCCUACAAAAGAAAACCCUCCCCUGACAAGCACGGACACCAGGAUCCCAGCUGCGAGCUGUGCGGCUUCUACUUUGAGAACCGUAAAGCUCUUGCCAGCCACGCGCGAGCCCACCUGAGGCAGUUUGGUGUGACCGAGUGGUGUGUGAAUGGAUCCCCCAUCGAGACGCUCAGCGCCUGGAUGCGCAGCAGGCCGCAGAAGGUGUUGGAGAUGCAUCGCAGCUACAUGCAGGGGAACCGCUCCACCCUCAAGAAGAAGAGCAGCUCUCCUCUCUCUGCGUCAGCGGAUUCUGAUCAUGUCCUCCCCAUCUCAUCGCAGAAGGCCUCCUCUUCCUCCUCCUCCUCCUCCUCCUCCUCCCAGUGGUCUUCUUCUCUGGCUGUAAGCCUGGUGCGGCCGCUGAGCCGCGAGGUCAGCCAGGGCUCUUCCAAGACCACCGAGGGAGAGGCCAACCUGCACGCUGCACUCAGGCCCGGCCGCAGCAGCCCCGGCGCCUCGCCGCUCGCCGCCGGCCUCCCGCUUCAAGCACAGGUGGCACGCAGCGAGCUCAACGUCCGCCUGCCCAGAGGUUUCGAACGUCGGCCCUUGAAGCACCCGUCUUGUCCAGAUGGAACAGAGAGCCCUCCUAAGGCCCCCCGCACAGGCACCGUCCCCGCCCUGGUGCCCAAACCCCCCUCCUACCCGCUGGUCAAACUGGUGGGCAAGUUUUACACCCUGAAGUGCCGGUUCUGCGAGGUGGAGUUUCACGGCCCGCUGUCGGUGCAGGAGGACUGGAUCAGACACCUGCAGCAGCACAUCCUCAAGAUGAACUACAACAAGCCCGCUGCGCCCAAAGCGGACUCCGCUGAACCCCCAGCUGACGCCCCGGCGCCGGUCCAGGCCUCCACCUCUACCUCCAGUACCACCUCCACCACGCCUGCCCUCGCCUCCGCCCCGACCCGCUCCCCGACGCCUCCGGUGGCCAAGUGCGCUCCGCCUGUCACUGCCACAGAGAUCGUAAAGGUCUCAGAGGAGAAGUCCACCCUGUCUCCGACGUCUGUCCCCGUCCCCACGCAGACAGUGUGAGCUCAUCGCUGUCAUUUAACCCCUUUAGUUUCUUCCUGCCUUUUUUAAUAUCUUUUAUCGUCCAUCCGUUUCUUUCCUUUGGCCUUCACAAAGUGUUGCUGAGGGGGAGCGUUUCCCCUCCAAAGAGCCCCAAGCACCUUUGAAGCAGCUUUCUAGACUGUUACUAAGUCCCGGCACCGUGGGAGCGAAGCUCUCCGGCGUGUCUGCGCACCGGGGACGGCUGAUUGUCGUCAGAGGACAGGAGGAGAGACGAGCUAAUGUUUUUGGGUUUGCCUUGUUUAUACUGAAUGUCCAGCUGUGGACCGUUGCUGUACCUCUCCUCCCGUCACUGGGUGAUUUAGGGGUUAAUGUAGCCCUUUAUCAAACUUUAACCCCCUCCUCUCCACUGCAGCUUCGCCCCCCUUUUCCCUUUAUGAACAGUGCGUUCGUGAGAGCGGGGAGACUUUGACCACGCUGCUGCUCAGCCUAAAGCCCAAAGGUCCUGACCGAGAUUAAACGGCGUUCAUAAUCUCCAGGCUGAGACGUAAAAUAUGUGUUAACACUUCGUGUUAAAAACAGGCACUUUUAAUUCUGACAUUGUCACUUAGCACUUAACUCAAACGCCCAAAUUAAAGGGCGAAAUUUGACAAAGACUUAAGCCUGAUUUAUCGUUGGGUGCUCAACACUUUUGAUGAGUGUCGCUCGAUAGAAAUUAAACAGCGAAAUAUUUUAAGUCGUCUCUGUCGUGUCCAGAGAGCAACUGCGUUUUUUUACAGUCUGAGACUAUUUAGAUUUAUUUCGGAUUUAUGUUUGCGUUUAGUGAAUCUGCACUGGAUACGGGAUUCAGAAACUGGUUCCAGUUGAAAACAGGAUCCAAAUUGUCUGAUCCAUCAGAAUCGUGUGCCUCAAAACUUAUAAAUUCAUUUUAUCAGUGUUUUUCUUAAGUUUUGCAUCGUGAAACAAUGACGUCAAACACCAGGGUCCCCGCUGAGCCCCCAAAAAUCUUUGAAGGCGUUGAAUUUAUGAAUCUAAAAAUAAGGCCUUAAUCAAUAUUAAAAUGACUUAAAGCAGUCUUUCAAAUGUAUUACAAAUACGAAGAUGCUGGAAAUAGGAUGUUAGGAAUUGCUUUGCUUUUUUUCUGAAGUUGCAUUUUAAAAAAAUGAAAAAAAAUUAAUAAUACAUUUAAUUUAUAACAUAAAAAAAAACAAUUUACUGAAUUCCUAUUUUUAGGCUCCUCAUGAUGGGAGAAUUUGAGCAAUCGAAUAAUCCCACAUGCAGUGAAACUCACCAAAUCAGUAAUAAAAACUCACUAAUAUUCUAACCAGAUGUGACUUUUUCACUCGACCAGAAAUGUAAUAUUUGAUGUUACAUUUAUAUAAUUGUAAAAUUAUAAUUAAUUUCAUCAUUAGUGGCAUUAAAAAAGUGUUAAAUGUAAUUUGCCUUCAGCUGUAGGACUCCUGGUCGACGCUGUUUGCGAAAAAAAGGAGUCACAGUGUUAGAAGAAAAAACAGUGCGAAGUGUGACGGAUAAAAACAGCUAAAAUGAUCAUUUAAGUGGAAAUCUUAACAAUAGGCUGAAACGUGGUUUUAUGCAACAUGGGCUUAAAUUCCUGAGGAGUAAUUUAUUUGACACGCACGAGUGACACCAUUUCUCACCCGGGAAAUGUCCUGUGAUAAUAACGUUAGAGCCACACAUGCAGGCUGAGCGUUUUUCUGCUUCUGACUAAGAAGUCCAAAAAUGAAAACGAGUGCUGUACAAAUAUCCUUUUUCAAUUUUAAGUGAUGACAGACUGCUGCUACAGCUUUAAUCUACUCCUCCUCUCACACUUGCUGCACAGGGAGGAAAAACGAGUAAAGAAAAGGCGUAGGCCUACUUUUAUUCCACAUGGAAAAUUGCAUAGAUAAUCAAUAAGGGAAUUGAUAACGAGUUUGGCUGAUAAAGAGAAUCAAUAAUGGCAUUUAUAUAUAUAAAAAAAAAGUAUCAAUACCCGUCCCUGAUCUGCAGACAGCUUUUAAAAUCACUCAAAUAUCCAGCUGGAUAUUUUGAUUUGAUUGAUUAGCUCCCGGUCUGUCAGUGAGCAGCAGAGUCCCCUCGCUCACUACAAAGGGCGGGAAAUUACAUCAAUUAAUCAAUAAAUACGAAGACUGUUGAUUUUCUCCCGUGGAGCUGACAUGACAGAUAUUUUGGAUCUGUAAAUAUCUGCUGUCAGUCAGUCUGCUGAAGGCAUGUUGACCAGCCGGAGUCCUCUCAGCUCUGCAGGAGCUGCUCCUGACGGACGCUGACCGCAGGUCGCAGUCGAUGUGGGUUAAAAAAAACUACAAUCUCCACGCUGAGGUUAGUAACUCCACCAGUCACGUUGUGUGACAAAAUAUUAUGUUGUCAUCAGCAUAACAAAAUUUUCUGCGUGUGGCAUGAAAGAAGAGUGUCCAGUGACACUUUUUUUCUUUGAAAAGCAGUGAAAUGGCCACAUUUGUCCAUCAGUUGUAUUAAAGAACCUUUGAAGCCCAAAAUUAAAUCAGAAAAGAGAAAUUUUGUGGGUGUUGAUUUCGGAGGGGAAGCGUUUCCCUCAAUAUGUAGAACAUCUGCAUUCGUCCCAAAACAAAUAUAAAGUAGCAGAAGACUUCAUUUUGACAAAAUUAAAGAGAUUUAUACUAUAAAUUAGUACAGAAAACGGCAAAUUUGUGCUUAAACAGUCAACAGAAGGCAGGAACGUUUAAACGAAACUUCUGCCUUCGUGCAGCGUUUAGAAAGAAAACUACACUUUCACCUAAACUUCAGCUUUCAACCAAAUGACUGUAAUGAGAAUUUAAAAAAAAACAUUAUUAAAAAGUUUCUAUCGAGCGUCACUCGAGUGUGGAGGCUCAUGCACACCUUCAAAAAGAGAGAUGACAGAAACUUUGAUAACUUAAUGAACUUUUUGCAGUGUGCAAAAAUUCUCCCUUUUUCUCAUCUAUCAGGCGUCACUCAUCAAAAGCGGCGUGCGUGCGACCAUAAAUCCGGCUGCAUUCCAAUUGGUUACAAGGAGCAAGAAGUGGAAGCACACCCAAAAAGGGAAAUAACCCCCUUUGUUAACUUUAUAAUGUAAUUCUUUUCCCCAAAAUAUACAUUAUGCUUGAAUGUAGCUUAAAGCACUUCUGAAUACUUAUAUGCACACAUUCAUACAAUCAGACGUUUGCCCCGUGUUACUGUACCGUUGAUAGUUUUACUGUUCGUGAUGUUUCGGCUCCGCCGCUGAAGGCCGCGUCGCUUUUCAUUCGGAGGCAGCGGGGCCGCAGAAAACCUUGGAGGUUCCACGUUUCUUUCUUCCAUUCACAGUGUUGCCAUUUCUUUCCUGCCUUUUUUCAGCUGAACCCGAGUUGUUAUUUAUUUAUUAUUAUGCAUCUGAAUGUGGUAAGCUAGGUCAUUUUAAAGCUAACGUAGAACUCUGGAAUGUUUGAAAAACAAAAAAAAGGUCAGCGGUGCGUUUUGACACGAGUGCACCAGGCGCGCGUGUGUGUGUGCGUGUGUGUGUGCGUGCAUGUGUGUGUGUUUGUGUACAUAACAUAGCAAAUGACGACGCUGAAGUCACUUUCUGAUUCGCAGCUACAGAUUCAGCAGUCGAGGAGAGUUAAAGGAAACUUUAUUUGCAAAUGCUCCACAGCUGAUUUUCGGUGUUUUGCUCCUUCAUACUUUGGUGAAAGCGUGUUAGAUGCUUUCAGUCAGUGCUGCCUGAAACCUGCUUUUUUCACAUUUAUUCUAUUUGUUAAAAUGCAGCAAAGGGAGAUUUUACUGCUUUUUUGUUACACAUUGAACCAGGUUUCUGUUGGAAAAAAAAAAACACUGUACUGACAGAUCAAAUCUGGACUAGAUUAUUCCAGAGAGACUAAAUAUUAUUUAAAAAACAAUUUCACAUUUAUGAAAAUCUUUAUUCUAUUUGUGAAAAUGCAAAAAAAACCCAAAACCAUACAUUUCACUGUGUCUUUAGGUUUCACAAAUUUGUGUGUUUCAUAUUAUAAUAAUAUUUAGCCUGUCGGGAUAAUCUAGUCCAGGUUUGGACUCGACACAUGCGG